UGCGCGUGCUGUGACCAGAGAUUCCCUUCCGCUGACAGGCUGCUGUCACACAGCCACCAUGCUAUCCCAUUCCCGGUGUCUCACCCGGAAUUUUGGCCGUUCCCUCUCUGCCAUCCGCCAGGGGAACAAUGUCUUAGCUCGUGGAGCCACUGCAGCUCUGUCAGUAAGCCAUUCUGUCACUCUCAACAACCAUGUAAAAACAGAUCCCCGGUCCAGUGUCUUCCAAAUUCAGUACUUCAGGACAUCUGUAGCCUGCAGAAAUGAAGUUGUCACAGUUAAGACCCCUGCAUUUGCAGAAUCUGUCUCAGAGGGGGACGUAAGGUGGGAAAAAGCGGUUGGAGACAGCGUCUCUGAGGAUGAGGUGGUGUGCGAGAUUGAGACUGAUAAGACAUCAGUGCAGGUUCCUUCUCCUGCUGCUGGAGUGAUCGAGGAACUUUUGGUCCCUGAUGGAGGGAAGGUGGAGGGAGGAACACCGCUCUUUAAGCUUCGAAAAGGAGCUGUUGCUGCAGCCACUAAAGCAGCUCCAAAAGCUGAGGCCCCUGCUGCUGCAGCCCCUCCACCACCUUCUGCUGCUGCUCCUCCACCUCCCCCUCCUCCACCCUCAGCUGUGGGCCCCAUUCCCACCACUAUGCCCCCUGUGCCACCUGUGCCAGCACAUGCUAUGGACACCAAACCAGUUUCAGCCAUCAAGCCCACUGCUGCUCCCGCUGCUGCAACAGUUCAAGCAGAGACAGGGGCUAAAGGAGCCAGGACAGAGAGUAGGGUUAAGAUGAACCGCAUGAGACUGAGAAUUGCUCAAAGACUGAAGGAAGCCCAAAACACCUGUGCUAUGUUGACUACGUUUAAUGAGGUCGACAUGAGCAACAUCACAGAGAUGAGGAAGACAUACAAAGACGCCUUCCUGAAGAAGCACAACAUCAAAUUGGGCUUCAUGUCCGCGUUUGUGAAGGCUGCUGCCUACGCUCUGGCUGACCAACCUGCAGUCAAUGCCGUUAUUGAUGACACCAGCAAAGAGAUUGUGUACAGGGACUAUGUGGACAUAAGUGUAGCUGUGGCCACGCCAAAGGGUCUGGUGGUUCCUGUAAUCCGAAGCGUAGAGGGAAUGAAUUUUACUGACAUCGAGAAGGCCAUCAACUUGUUGGGAGAAAAGGCUCGUAAGAAUGAGCUGGCCGUGGAGGACAUGGAUGGAGGAACCUUUACAAUCAGUAACGGCGGCGUGUUCGGGUCCAUGUUUGGCACACCGAUUAUCAAUCCACCACAGUCUGCUAUCUUAGGCAUGCAUGGCAUCUUUGACCGGCCGGUUGCAAUUGGUGGCAAGGUGGAGAUCCGUCCCAUGAUGUAUGUUGCCCUGACAUACGACCAUCGUCUCAUUGAUGGUAGAGAGGCCGUCACUUUCCUGCGCAAGAUCAAGUCAGUAGUGGAGGACCCACGGGUGCUGCUUCUUGACAUGUGAGCCGCUGUGAGCUCCAGGCCCACCCAGACAAACGACCCCUACACAAACAGUUGCCGUUUCCACCCGAUGAACAUUACCCGUCACUGCAGUUGAUGUAUUGUUGUUUUGGUUAAGUAGAAGAAACAUUUGGGACAUUUGUAAGGCUGGUGGUGCUGAAAGGUUUAGUUCUGAUGUGGGGAGAUGUUUGGGGUCAGGGGUUUCUGUGGUGCUGGUCUCUAGAUCAAAAAGAAGAUAUUCUUUAACUCAUGCGCCAUGUGUCAUUUUCUACAUAUGAAUGAAAAAUAUUGUAUAAAAUGGAAGACAAACAGAUGGACUGCAUAAGUAUCAUUUGAUUAUUUUGGUUGAAAGAAGAACAAUGAGCACAUAUGCAGCCAUAAACCAAGACCCACUAUGUUCUCAAAUGUCCAAAGUCAAGAAACCCUCUAUGAAUUAAUGUCACCUGUUUUUCAAAAGUGAGGAUAAUUCUCUAUAUGCUGUGUAAGAAAGACUAUUUAAGAAAAAAAAAGAGAGUUUUAAACAAUAAAAGCUGCAUUACAUGAC